CUUAUUUAUUGUAAUAUAAUUUUGAUGUCUAAUCGCAGUGGUGCAAAAAGAAGAAAGUUUAGGGGGGCUUAAGCCCCAACACAUUUUUUUUUAAAUUAUAAUUUAUAAGCACAUACUUUUAAGAAUGGUAUACUAUUAUUUUUCGAGGGGGCUUUGAGUGAUUUUUUUUUUUGGGGUGGGGGGCUAAGCCCCCCCCCCCCUAUUUGCGCCACUGUCUGAUCGGAACAGUUGGUAUAACUACUCGUAUACGAAAUCGAUUAUUCAUGAAAAUUUGUUCAUUUCGUGCAGUGGAAACGGUAAAUAAUAUAGAGUGUGUGGUGUGUCACAAAAAACAUUUACACAGUAAUAUAAUAUAUAAAUAUUUGUCAUUUUAUUAUUUUAAUAUCCUUAUCCGAAAAAAAAACAAAAAAUUUGAGCUCAGAUCACGUUAAUUUAAAAUUAGAGUGAAUCAGUGGCAUAUAUAUAGUGGUGGGGUGAUGCAGCCCCCACCACAAAUCGCAAAUUUCCUUUAUUUAAACUGUUAAAUAUAUAGUAGCAUCUAAGCCUAUAGGUGCUAUAUUAUAGAUCACUUCUACCUUAUUAUACAGCCCACCUAAGAAAUUAUUUCUAUAUACCUACCUACGUUACCGGAAUAAAUUGACUUCUUAUAAAACUUAAAGUUAAGAUUAUUAAGUAGGUAUUUACUUUGAGGAUUUUGGAUUUUAUUUCCGGGGAUUUUUUUAAACUAGCAACAAAUUGAUAUAGCCACAUAGGUAUUUCUCACCAGUUACCACAAAUAUUUCAAGUUUAAACGUAAAUUAUAGUUGGGAAUCCUGCGUACGACGCGCAUGCUGCACACGGGGUGGUUCGCUCGGUGGGUGCGCUAUUCGGUUCAUGCCUAUUGAUUUUUCGUACGUUCGCCGAGUCACUUAUCACAGAUUCACAGAAUAACGAUAAUAAUACCAGAGCCGUGGCAUUAUAUUUAACGCAAAACUGCGUAAGUAUGACAACUUUAAACUAUUAGGUAUUAAUUAUCUACCUAGGUAUGAUGUUGCCAAUAAUAUAUUUUGGUUAAUAACAAUUAACAAUCCAUCGUGGCGUCGUGCAUCGAUAGAUGGGCUAUUAAACAGUAGGUAUAGAAGACUACCUACCUAGUUACUAAGACUACCGGUUGAAUGAUUUGCACCGCGAUAAGAUGAACGAAUUGCAAUGCGUAUUGGCUAUUAAUAACUACGGGAAGAUUUUCACACUGUCUGCGUUUGAUGACCAAUGGAAACCUUUUCCCCACAUCGGCAUGGAUUUGAAACAUAUUUCCGCCAUCGAGAAUUACAUGUGGUCCAUCGGAGGCGACAACCAGACGUAUCUUUUGGUGCACAACUUGGACGGAGCGAUACGGAUCAAGGAAGAAGUAUAUGAAAACGAGCGAUGGAUGCCCGUCGGGAGUUUUUCAAAAAGACUUUUGCCCACUGAUAGAUAUUGUUGGUCAUCGGAAAACGGUAAAGAAGAAAAAUUGAAGGAGAAUAUAAAGUUGCCCUCUUUUGUCUGGCAAUGGGAACAUGAGUGGAAGUUGGAGACUACUUUCGAGGAAAACGAUUUAGACAAUAGCGGUUGGACAUAUGCGGUCGAUUUUUGUGCAAAGUUUUAUCCAACCAAACGCUGGAAUUCAUGCGUUAGGAGAAGAAAAUGGUACAGGAAUCGGAUAUACACAGGCAUGAAUUCUUGGUGUAUAAUUUCUCCUUUACACAAAGAUUUUACUCAGGAACCAUUUAUUUGCGUUAGCAUUGGAGGGCAUAAGAUACCCGGAGCUCAACUUGGUGUCAUUAUGGUAUGGGCGGUGACAGCACAAGGAAGGAUUUUCUACCGUAAGAACGUAAACAAAAUGUGGCCCGAAGGCUGUUUGUGGGUCUGUGUUCCGACUAAAGAGGGCAGUGAAUCCAGAUAUAUUGAUUGUGGUCCGUCGGGUUCUGUUUGGGUAGUUUUAUGGAGUGGUAUCAUACUAGUCAGAAAAGAAGUCAGUGCUGAAACUCCACAAGGUAAAAAAUGGAUUAUAGUUGGAUCUCCAGAAGCAGAUUCCAAAAUAACUCAAUUAUCAGUCGGGUUUCAUUCAGUGUGGGCAAUUACUAAUGAUUCUAGAGUAUGGUAUAGAAAAGGGAUUGAUCAAAAUCUUAGUGAAGGAACUUGUUGGGUGAAAUUAAACACAUUUAUGUUUUCAGUCUCCGUAACCCCAAAUGACCAAGUAUUUUCAGUGGGCUUAGAUAGGCAUUUAUAUUUUAGGACUGAUAUAUCUAAAAAUUAUCCUACUGGGAAAAAGUGGAUUCAUAUACAGGCAUCCAUUGAAAUUGAACAACCUAAAGAAAAAGAGACAAAACAGGAAGGGAUAGAAUCAUGGAUAUCAUCAUCAUUUACUGAGCCUUCACAUUCUGCCCCAACACGUCUGGUUGGAAAUGAUUCAAAAAAUAAUUUAAACUUGAAUGCAAAAGAAAUCAAUCCUUCUCAACGCCGAGUGUCUGCUUGGAGUCCUAAACUUAGCAUUGGGUCUUUAAUUGGCAUGGAAGCUAAACCGGAUUCAUUUAUGGAACUUCAAAAUAAUAGUUCAAUUAAAAAACCAAAAACAUUUUGGAGUUCUGUAGUGGGAGGCUCAAUUGAACCAGAUGUUUGUUUUAUUUCACAAUGGUUUAAUUCUCCAAAUGAUAGAGAAACUAUUUUUAAAAGCAAAUGGAGGCGAGAAAUAUUGGACAAAUUAAUUGUGUUGAGGUUAAAAGAAAAAGAAUUUCAACAAAUCACUUCUUUUGCUUUAUAAUCAGGAUCAUACGAGUAACUCAUGCAAUUCUUCAAUUUUCUAUUCAUAAAUAAUUUUGGUAAUUAAAGAUUUAUAAUAAAGAUAAAAUAAAAUCAGACCUGUACUACAAUCAUUAUGACAAGGCAUUAGAUCAUCUUGUAUAAUAUGAUCCAAGGUCAGGACUCAGUGAAUAAAUGUGUACAAUUGGAUGUUAGAAGUUAUUUAUAAAACAACAACCGUUUAAUAGUUUUAAUCUCCAACACAAGACAAUAGAAGAAGUUAAGGAUGCUUGUUAAGACUUGCUUGGCAGGAUUUUGAAUAUAGCCAAUAUUGGACCUUGUAUGUAAAUAAUUCCACCAGAAAAAUUAAUCUUCAUUAAUUAAAAACUAAAUAUUUACUUUGUAUUUUAAUUUUUUUUUUUAAAUAACUUUUGUAAAAAUGUAAUAAUUGUACAAAUAAUAAAAAAACAAUAUUUUAAUA